AUGGACGAAGUCGCAAGCCUAAUCCCAGAGCAAUUACCUAGAUCAUCCAACAUCACCAACAACAGCCAGCAGAACUCCGAUUAUAAACCGUCAUGUCCCUUCUGCGUGAUCGCGCACACAUUCCAGCCGGUGUCAGCACUAUCAGCGCCUAAUUCCCCAGCGCUAGAAUCGACAAAACUCGACCCGCCCUCAUUCGUGCUCUUCUCCAGCGAGCACGUCAUAGCAUUCCUGGACAUCAUGCCCCUGACACGGGGCCACGUCCUGAUCGCGCCGAGGAAACAUCGCGUCAAGAUCGGCGACUUGAGCGGCGAUGAGAGCGCCCAAAUUGGCCGGGUGCUGCCCCUGGUGGCCCGCUCCGUGCUGAAAUCCGUCCUGCCCGACAUUCCGCAUGAUGAGGUCGACUACAAUAUCGUGCAGAACAACGGGCCCGGAGCCGCGCAGGUCGUCCCGCAUGUCCACUUCCAUUUGAUCCCGCGCCCGCCGCUGAAUUAUACCUAUCCGGCCCGGGUGUCCAAGGCACCGCCGAAGCAUAGCAGUUAUCUGCCUAACGAGCAGCCCAAUGCCAGAGCGCGCAAUGCGAUUAUGUUCGGCCGCGGCCAGCGGCAGGACCUCGAUUACGACGAGGCGGAAGUUUUGGUCGAGGAGAUUCGACAGGCUAUCAAGGAUGAGUGCGACCCCGCCUCUGCCCUGGACAGUCUGAAUCUUGGUUCGGAGGAUCAAGCCGCCUCGGAUUCCCACGGAGAGACGAAGAACAGGAAAGGAGGCUGGAAGGUCUAA